GCCACGGAAACUAUCUUGCGGGGGUAGCACGUUAAAAAGCUUUAAUACAGCAUUUGAAGAACAAACACUUCACGGUGUAUGGUGAGUUUUCGAGGCUCACGGUGUGAUAAUCAGUCAAAUGGCAGCUAAUGCAGCCAUGUGCCAUGUCAUUCUAUUCAUUUCUAUUAAAAUAGUCCCCCUGGUCAACUGUCCUUCCGGGUCUUCAACUGAAGAACAUAAGACCAAUGGGCUUUUCUUUAAAGCAGAACAAGACAAUGAGAAUAAUAUUAUAAUAAUGAUGAUAAUCAUUUAAAAAAAUGGUGUGAUUUAUUUAAAACAAAAGAAUAUGGCUCUCAAUGUGGUGUGUUCGUGCUUGCUUGUGUGCGUGUGUGUGUGUGUGUGUGUGUGCAUGUGGAAAAAAAACGUCCCAGAGAAUUGCAAUGUCAAUAUUAAGCAGGAAUAUUUUUUUUGCAGAAUCUUGCAGCCCUAACUGCACUAGAGCACCUUUGAAAAGUCUUAUAUACUGCACAUUUGUACAGGCUAAACUGCAUUUGCUGCAUUAUUACCAUUUGAUUAAAUCUGAUUCCAAUAUGCACUGCAAAAAACUAAAAAAAUACAAUGUUGCCAAUCUUUGAAAUCUAGAUUCCAUGAAAAGGAUCAACAUGCCCCUUUUUUCUACAGCCUGUGUCAUCUAAACCUUGAACUGCUGAAUCAGGCAUGGCAAGUCCACUGUUCAAAAUAAACAUUUGGUCACAAAUACAGCUUAUGGUCACAGAGGCCUUUGAAAUGUUUGAAUGACCCAUAUGUCAAGAUGACUUUCACCAAUCUGUGGCUCUGUGUGCCCACAUUACUAACUUUAUGAGGCAGCCAACAGAAAAUCUGAAGUUUACAGUGAUUUUGAAGAGAAGGGAGUCCUUGACUGGUGCUUAUGUUUAACAGGGGAGGGGCUUUAAAGGCAUCUGUUCAAAUAUAAAUAAGGUACUACGCAUAUAGAAUGUGGCGCACUUGGGAACGAUCCGGAUCAAACCUCUGUGAAGCCAUGGCCAAACGCUGGAGUGCCACCUCUUUAGUGGCACUCACACUGCUAUGGUGCUUCUCUGGGACCAAGGUAGAAGCUUGGCUGCAGAAUUCAUCUUUUGGACAACCAUAUAAUUUACCAAUGGCCGACAAAAAAAACAACCAACAAAAUCCGUCAAGUCAAAAUCCUCAUCCACCGUCUCAAAAUCCUUCAUGGCAAUAUCUUCCUAGUGAUGAUAUGCCAGGCAACCCUGAUUAUUUCUUAAUGCCUCCGACAUCUUACAAUCCUCCAAGGUCAAAAAAAUUCCAAACACUGCAGCGUAAACUGUCACCAGAUCUCCCGAGGAUGAACACUGAUGGAGUGUCAUAUGGCUCAUCGAUGAACCCAAAGCUCCCACCUCCUCCAUCACAGCAGAAUCUUUUCUCCAUCUUCCCACCUAUCGCCCCUAAUCUCCAAUCACCGCAGAAGCCCCAAGGCAUCUUACCACCGAGAGUCCCUCAGCCUCCAGUACAGCAAAAUCCUCCAGGAGUUUUAGCACCUGUCGGCCAACGUCCUCCAUCACAGCAGAAUCCUCCAGUUGUCUUGCCGCCUGUUGGUUCAUAUCUUCUACUACCAAAGAAUCCUUCACGCCCUCCACUACAGAAGAAUCCUUCAUUCUCACCACAACACGGUGGCCCUUCUCAUCUACUGGCCAAAAAGAAAGGAGUUCCUCGAGGCUUUGCUGAUCAGUCAGAUCAGAACCCUCAAUCCAGAAGACAGCAAAACCAACAAACGCCAUUCCAAACACUUGUCCCUUACGAUCCCGGCAUGCAGAGCUGUUAUGUGGCAGACACCCAAAGAGUCCCAUGUGGAAGUCAUGGUAUCUCUGCUGCUGGGUGUGAAUCUAUUAGCUGUUGCCAUGAUGGCAGACAGUGCUACUUUGGAAAAUCUGUGACUGUCCAGUGCACCAAGGAUGGCCAGUUCAUUGUGGUCGUGGCCAGAGAUGCCACUAUGCCCAGAAUUGACCUGGAGACCAUUUCUAUGUUGGGAGAUGGUCAAGACUGCACACAUGUGGAUUCCAAUUCUGCCUUUGUCAUCUACCAGUUCCCUGUGACUGCAUGCGGCACCGUCAUUUUGGAGGAGGCGGGUGUCAUCGUCUAUGAGAACAGGAUGACUUCCUUGUAUGAAGUGGGAGUUGGGCCUCUGGGCGCUAUAACCAGGGACAGCAGCUAUGAUUUACUCUUCCAGUGUAGAUACACAGGCGUUUCCGUUGAGGCUAUGAUUGUAGAACUUCAACCGGCAGGUCAUCCUCUCUCAGUGGCAGUUCUGGGUCCCAUUCGUGUGGAGCUGAGGUUGGCCAAUGGACAAUGUUUUUCCAAGGGCUGUGUUGAAGAGAAUGUCGCCUAUAGCUCUUUCUAUACGGAUGGAGACUAUCCUGUGAACAAAAUCUUGAGGGAUCCUGUUUACGUGGAGGUUCAACUCAUGGAAAGAACAGAUCCCAACCUUGUCCUCACCCUCGGUCGCUGUUGGACCACCACCAGUGCAAACCCUCACAGUUUGCCUCAGUGGGAUAUUCUGAUUGACGGGUGUCCAAACAGGGAUGAUCGCUACAUGACCACCCUGGUUCCAGUUGGUCCAGACUCUGGUCUGGUCUUCCUAAGUCACUACAAGCGCUUCAUUUUCAAAAUGUUUACUUUUGUGGACCCCAGCUCUCUAGUACCACAAAAGGAACAUGUCUACAUUCACUGCAGCACAUCGGUAUGCGACGCAGCUGCUGGCUAUGCCUGUCAGCCAAUGUGCUUCAGGACAAAGAGAGAUUUGAAGUCUAUUCUCCAGAACAAGAAGGGCUCAAAGGUUGUGGUGUCUUCCGGACCUCUGCUCAUGAACAACUCCUGAAGAGGAAAAGGAAGAGAUUCCAUUUGGAGAACCUUUAUUAAAGCAUUUGGAAUGUGAAUAUUGUUAUGUUAUUAGUGGUGUGGAAUGAAAAUGUUGUGUAUAGCACUGUAAUGUCUACAAAGAACACUGGAGCCAAAAGUAGUGUGGGCUUGCCAUGUAACUUGAAGAGAAAUGUGUAUUACUUUAGACUCUUAGAUGUCAUUGUAAGAGGCUUCAAGAAGUAACCACUG